AUGUUCAGUCCAGAAAAAACAGAUGAAAAUGUAGAUGAUGCCAGUAUUUUGGAACAGGAAUUAGACAGGCUUAGAAACAUUGUGUCGAAGCAAGACCAACUAUUGCAACAAAUAGGUGCUCAUUUACCAACUCCUCAGAGUCAAAGGAGUGCAAAUAGCAAAAGGGAGAGUAGGUUCAGAGAUAGCAGCUCUCAUUCAAACCAUCAAAUCUUGCACAACUGUAACACUUGGAAAAAACUUAAAUCUCUCCUGAAUGAUCAAUUUAAUAAAGAAGCUAAUUUUGAUAGAGCCUGGCAGGACAUUAACUCUGAAUGUUAUGAUUGGUCUGAGUCACCACAAGCUUUUGUCAAUAACUUCAUUUGUAAUUAUGCCAUCUUAGGAACUCGAUUUGCCACUGAGAAACUUCCUGAUAGGGACAAGAUAAUCAAAAGGAAACUAUGGCAAGGUCUUACUCAAGAAGCCAAAGCAGGAUUAGAAGGAUUCCUGGAUGAGAAUUAUCCCCUAAACAAAUUCAUUGAAAGAGUAGAACAUGAGCGACAGUGGCUCAAAGCUACUCAUGUGCCUUCACUAGGUAGAAUUAAACCAGAAAGGAAAGAACACCCACCUAAACUUGACCACCAGACAGAGGCUCAAAAUGCAAGUCCACCUGAUCUUAUAAAAUCAAAUGCUACAUCCAGCGAAUCCUCAGAUGUCAGUGAAUUAAAGAAACAGAUCAGGGACUUAGCAGAACAGGUUGGGAAACUACACACUUCCCCACGUCAGCCCCAAAAUGAGCGUUAUUGCUCGCACUGCCGUUCUCAUUCACACAGUUUAAAGGAAUGUUGGAGGAAACCUGCUAGAGGGUCCUGUUUUGAUUGCAGACAAUUCAGUUGUUGGCGAGGAAACAGUAACUGUCCAGGAAAACCAAAGAAUAUAUGACUAGCAUUAGCUCACACCUCCCCAACCAUCAGCCUGGCUGUUAAUAACAAAAUCAUGAGUGCAGUAGUUGAUACAGGUAGCGGUUACACUCUUAUCAAGGAAGCAACAGUAAAUAAAAUGGGGAGUGAAAUAAAUAAAAGACAUGCCCUACCUAACCUACAAGGAAUCACGGGUUCACCAUUGAGAAUGUUGGGCAUGGUUUGGCUAGAAAUUGGAGUAGGAGAUGAUCACAUACAUAAACAGUGGUUCCCAGUAGUGCCAAAUAGUUACCUGGAUGCAGAUUUAUUGCUUGGCACUGAUGUUCUAUCAAGGGCCCCAUUUACUUGGAAUGGUAAGAGUAACAUCACUGUGUGGGGAAA